AUGAAGCGUCUUGCUAAACUUCAGGGACCUUCGCCAUCCUCAUCCAGUCCUUCUCCUUCAACAUCCAGUACACCUGUACCAACGCCUGUACCAGUCCAGAAGCCGAAACCUAUCCCGGCUCCAACACCAAAGCGCUCACAAGACGCCGUCCCUGUGCCCUUACCACCUCAGAAGAAGGUGUCUGUUGCUCCUCCAAAGUUCAAUUACUCGACUUGGGAGCCAGGAGUGAUCAGUAGUGUGUUCAGAGUCACUUUGGAUCGGGAUGUGGCCCUUAAGAGCGACAACGACCUUGUAUGGCUGAAGUCCUAUGCCGAGGAUUCUAUGACUGACGAGGGUCCGCCUCGAUUGGCUGCCGAUGCGGUCGAGGGUGUAGUCAUCGCGCGGUUAGAUUUAGAUCCUUCUGCCAUGCAGGUCGACGACGAUUACUCACCCUUCCUUGCUCGUAUUCCGAGCAAUCAGACGGUGUUCGAAUAUUUGACUGGAUGCUGGAAACGGCUGAACACCUCGAAAUCUGCUCUGCUGAGAAGGGGCUAUCCACCGGCCGAUCUCAAGCAAGCUCUUGCACUCGAAGAGAGCAUGCGCCACCUUAUCAUCAGUUACAUUGGAAUAGAUCUUAUGAGCCCGGAAGCUUUCCCUCAUCCUCCAGGCAAAGCCAUUGGUGCUCCAGAAUUUACUUCCAUGCUCCUCUCCCUUUCGUCCUUCGCCGCUUCUCCGUACGCUUCCUCGGGACCUGCGGGCUCAUCCCUCUCGCCCUCUGAGAUUGAAAGCCUCCUCUCUGACAUCGUUUGGCGCUUCGACCCGGAUGGCGAACUUGAGUCCGUCCUUGGUCCCGUCGUCAUAGGACUCCUGCACCACGAAUGUCUUUUCUCACCAGAAGGUAUCGCAAGUGCCGACUCGCUUUGGAGAGGCGUUGUUGGUGGCCUAGAGGUGUUGGUAGCCAACAAAAGCGUGGUGAAGAUGAUGUGUAUGAUGGAGGAAUGGUGCGCAAAUGAUGCGGACGCGCCAAACUUUGAACGGGCUAGUUUGCUUGGACCGCUAUUGAGGUUGAAUGUUUUCCCCACGGAAUGGCCACAUAUUGCCAAGACAUACUUUACCGACGUCGAGGGCAGGCCGGCACAGGACGUUGAAAGUGCACGCAACAGUCUCAGGGGGACAUUGAAAAGCCUCCAGUCGUCGCUCUUCCAAAUAUUUAACACUAUCGUGCGCACGUCGCCCGAAUGUCGAGAAGCAUUCCUCGCAUUUGUCGCUCGCGUCAUCGAAUUGAACAUCAAGCGAGCUGGCAUGCAGGUCGAGGCGGAAACAGUCUCGUCAGAUAGCUUCAUGACCAACUUACAGCUCAUACUAUUCAGCUUUGUCGAUCCCUUCAUGGACGCCAGCUACUCUAAGAUUGACCGCAUCGACCGCCUCUACUACGCGCAUACCUCCCGACUCAACAUCAAGGAGGAAACUCGCAUCAAUGCCACCUCGGACGAAGCCUCACAGUGGGCCGAAGCCAAUCAAUUAGCCCCGGGUGCUCCACCGCCCAACUUCAUUUCGGACGUGUACUUUUUGACGUUGGCGAUGUUCCAUUACGGCUUCUUGAAGACCGUGGAUACCUUCGAAGAAUACGCGAAGGACUUGGAUGAUACGAAGAAAAGGCUGGAGCAAGCGGAGGGGGACACUACUUGGCAGGGCACCAUGAUGGCACCAAGAAUGGAGGCUUACCUCAAACAGCUCAAGGAGGAGAUCUCGAAAAUCACGGCUGCUCAAACAGCCGCCUCAACACAGCUCCUUGACCCUGAAGUCCUCUUCAAAGCGAACGCCUUCGUUUCUUUCGUAACAACAUGGAUUAUCCGGUUCGUGGACCCCAAGAGAGCGCACCCUAAGCCGAUGGUACAGCUUCCACUCCCGGCAGAUGUUCCUGUUGACUGGAAGGUGCUCCCUGAAUAUGUCGUCGAAGAUGCAAUCAACUACCUCGUCUUUGUCGUCCGUCAUCACCCGCAAAGCCUCGAGCUCCAGGGCCGUGACGAACUCCUGAACUUCACACUCUCCUUCCUCACGUCAACAUGGUACAUCAAGAACCCUUUCCUCAAAGCCAAGCUCGUCGAGAUAUUGUUCUUUGGUGCUUGGCCUUAUAGAGGCAAUCAGAGCUUGUUGGGGUCGAAUUUGAAUGCGAGCAAGGUGGCGUUGGACCAUUUGAUGAGAGCGUUGAUGCACUUCUACAUCGAGGUUGAGCAGACGGGUGCAAGCUCGCAAUUCUACGAUAAAUUCAGUACGCGGUAUAUCUCAUACAUAUUGAAAUCGGUGUGGGAAAAUCAAGAGCAUCGGGCUGCUCUGCGGAACGAAGCCAAGAACAACAUUGAAAAGUUCAUCCGCUUCGUCAACCUCAUGAUCAACGACGUGACCUACCUCAUGGACGAGUCUCUCAGCGAACUUCACCAGAUUUACACCAUCCAGCACGAGAUGGACCAACCCGAAUGGUCCACCCGGCCCCUCCAACAACGUCGGGAACGCCUAAGUACCCUAGGCGGACUCGAGCGACAUGCGAGCUCCUACGUCUCGCUCGGAAAGUCCACCGUUGACAUGCUCAAGCUGUUCACUGCCGAGACAAAGGAGCCCUUCAUGAUGCCCGAGAUCGUGGACAAGCUCGCGGCGAUGCUGGAUUACAACCUCGAAGCCCUCGUCGGACCAAAAUGCAAGGAACUGCGCGUGAAGAAUAUGGAGAAGUAUUCGUUCAACCCGAGGAAGCUGUUGAGCGACGUGUUGCAGGUGUAUCUGAAUUUGAGCGACUGUGGCGAGUUUGUGAAGGCUGUGGCGGGUGAUGGGCGGAGUUAUAAGAAGGAGUUGUUCGAGAGCGCGGCGGGGACGGCGAUGAGGUAUGCGUUGAAGACGGAGGGGGAGAUCGAGAAGUUGAGGUUGUUUGUGGUCAUGGUCGAGGAGGCGAAGGCGACGAUGGAUGCUGAAGAGGAGUUGGGAGAUGUGCCGGAUGAGUUCUUGGAUCCGUUGAUGUACACCGUCAUGAAGGAUCCGGUCAUUCUUCCGUCUUCGAGGACAGUCAUUGACCGGUCGACUAUCAAGUCUCAUUUGUUGUCCGACUCGAAGGACCCGUUCAACAGACAGCCUUUGAAGAUCGAGGAUGUCGUUCCUGACGAUGCCUUGAGGACUCGAAUCCAAGAGUUCCUCAUAGCGAGAAGAAACCCUGCUUUGGGCCAAAGUGCCGAAAACACUGUGCACCUGCACGAUGGUACGGACCAGGCUGAUGAAAUGACUGGUAUUAGUGCCAACCAGGGAGAGGCGAUGGACACCUCGUAG